AUGUCGCACAACACUACAACGGAGGAAGUGCUUGCAGGCCUUUCUGCUCUAGACAUCCGGAGGUUGAAUUAUCCGAAAUGGGCGCAUCAAAUCGCUGGCGGUAUGUUGGUGUUAAUUGGAUUUUUCGGUUUUGUAGAAAACGUGUUGGUAAUUUUGACGUUUACCAAAAACAAACGCUUGCUGUCCCCUACAAACAUUUUUAUCCUUGGCGUGGCUAUUGGUGAUCUGUGCAUGGUCUGUUUGGGAAACCCUUUAGAAUUUACAUCGGCCAUCAACGGAGCCUGGUUCGCCGGGGACGCGGCGUGUGUUCUUGUGGGAUUCGUAGUCUACCUGUUUGGACUGUCUCAGCUAUAUCUUCUAUCGGCGGUCAGCGUGGACAGGUACAUCGUCAUAACCAAACCCCUACUGACGCACAAAAUCACGACUAAAGUCGCAUGUGCAAGCGUUACCGGGUGUUUUGGACUGGCUCUUUUUUGGGCCGUGUGUCCCUUAAUAGGCUGGAGCAGCUAUGGACUAGAGGCGUCGGGUGUCUUUUGUGGGCUUAACUGGAAGCACGUCAGUGUAUCUAACACUUCUUACGUCAUCACGAUCACGAUCUUCUGCUUCUUUGUCCCACUCGGCAUCAUGAUCUUCUGCUACUACCACGUGUUCAUGACGGUCAAGAGACUCAACAGAAACUCGGUAUGGGAUUUGAACAGCAGAAUGGCUCGCAAGAACCUGAAACUCGAGCGAAAAAUGUUGAAAAGCUGCGUCAUCAUGUGCGGCGUUUACUGGAUCGCGUGGACGCCUUACGCAGUUGUCUCUUUCAUCCAGGCGUUUGGCGACCCGGACAGCGUGCCGCUAUGGAUGGCGGAGGUUCCGGCGACGGCGGCUAAGUCCCAGGUGGUCUGGAACCCCAUUAUCUACGUCGGAACCAAUAAGAAAUUCAGGAUGGCAUUUUACCAGAGCCUGCCAUGUACCUGGUUGAGAGACUGGUUUGAGGUUCAAGCAGAGGAGGUGAUUGCCUGA